AUGGCAACUCUGAGACAAAGCUUCAGUUCAGUGUUUUUCCUUGUCUUUGCCAUUGGACCACAUGUCGCUUCGGCAGUUGUCUUUCCUCUAGAAGCUGAAAGGUUCAUGUCCAACUCCACCUUUUUACGCAACAGGGCUGAUGCAUCAGGAGGGCAAACUGUUCACUUGACCUCAGGGGAGGAAGUCACGCUGACGUUUUGUUUACGUCGUACAAGUUAUGUGUCCAUUUCAAAUGGGGUGUAUUCCAACGACGGACGGUCCGACAAGGUGGUAAUACGGCUUGACCAUACAGAUGUUGGAAGUUUCUCCAGCAAACAACAUUCGCACUUUGGGGACUACUGGGAAUUGAUGGUGUCCAGCGGAAGCAUUGGAAAGCCCUUUUCGGUGCCAAGCGGGGAACAUUCUCUGGUGCUGAAAGUAGAAUCCGCGGAUGAGUAUGGAAUAGAAAUUGACAAAGUAGAUCUAUUCGUGUCGGACUCGGAUUUGACAGAAUGGGAUGUGAAAUGCCUGCUUCCCUGUCUCGACGACUCACUGACGAGCCUUUCUCCGGGACGGGACGACGUUCUUCCUGCUAAGGUUGAACAGAGAAGUCGUUCGACGUCGUGCGCUGAAGAGGACAAUGUUAAGAUCCCAGUUUACCAUGACACUGCCAGGCGAUACCGACUGACUGCUUCACUGCCCACAUACCAGCCCUUGACCAAUCUGAACAGACGUCAAGCCGAUUUUAGCGGCUGCGACAUUUUUUCUUCAGAACUCUGGCAAAUAGGAAAUGACGACGGUCUAUCGGAUGAGUUUCGAAACUACAGCUCCCCGGAUGGGCGCCGUACAUUCGAAGUAUCUGGCGCCAGUGGAGAUUUCCCGGGAGUGAUAAACUUUGGUUCAGUUGAGAAAAUCACUCUGGACUUAACUUUCCGGGUGGAUGGCCCCUCCCGGGGCUCCCAGGGAUCAGAAGUCGGCUCUGUUCUCACGAUAAACCUUACCGACAUUUUGCCAGGAGAGGAUUUUCAGGUAGGGCUUAGGUUUCGAGGAAGAACAGUUGAAUACUCUACCACUGAUUACAAGAGUUUUUCCUCUGAAAACACUCUCCACACUUGGGAUAUUCCAGAUUUUACAUGGUUGGAGUCGUCCGAAAACUCCAUCCGCUUGGUUUUGAAGAAUCCACAUUACAAACAAUUCCCAAAUGGCAAAGAAGGUGCGAUUAAAUUUGACUUUAUCCGACUAAACAUGAGGCGUGAACGUGGAGAGAAGGUAUUCACGAUAUAUUCCAGCAAGGAUGUGAUCGUUGAAGGUUUGGAGGUAGACUUUUGGUGGCUGUCUCCCAAUACGAUGAAACUCCGGCGGACUGACACAGGAGAAACGUGGUCCAGGGUGGACUUCUUUCGUGUAUAUGUUCGUAUUCCGUAUUCUGCGUCAAUGGCACAGAUAUUUGUCAUGUAUCAGGACGGAAAUGUGCGACUACUUCCGUUACCUCCGAACCACUUGGACUGGAUUCCUUUCGGUUCUUCCGUAAUUGUUGGUCAGACGGAUGCCUCUAGUUUUAGACCAUACGCGGCUAUUCAACACGUUGAUCUAAAUCCACAGAAAUUACAGAUGACGUUGACGUACAAGGAUGGCGGCAACGUCAGGCUUAAAUUAAUUAACAAGAUUUCCAAAACAAUUUUGCAAAUAGAAGAAGCUACGUACGCUCGAGACACAAAUGCAUAUCCGUUCAUGAUGCUGCGGUCCAUGUGGGUUGACGAUACCAACAACGAUGUGGAGAAAGUUAGCUCAGCAGGAAGCGCCUCAGUGACGCGCCAUAUUUUGGGCAACUGGAAGCCUUUCUUCUCGCCAUCAGUUUUGUUUCACCGGAAGUGUGUUUCGCGCCAUAACACCCUCAGCCCAGACAUACGGUUGGAUAUGCUGCCCUGAGAGCUUGAAAAGUAGGCAAUAUACAACAUGCAUUUAGUUUAAUGUUUAAGAC